AUGCAGCGUGCCGAGCCCCGAGCUGCAUCUGGCGGCGAUCCAGACCAUACUUCCCGACACGAGGAAUAUGAGGUUGUUGAAGUCGACGACGAUGAAGCUGGGGUAGAAGAGGUCCCACGACGCAACGUCCGGCCACCUCUGCCUCGUCUGAAUUCGUCGUCGCGCGCGCCUGGCUCGCCAGCUCCACCAGCUGAAACCACUCGUCCGCAACCUCCCCCUCGGCAAAGCAGCAACACAGGCACCCCACAGCCGCAAGGCCAGGGCGGGCCUUAUCAUCUACAGGGCUCGCGGGAGAUACCCAUCCCGGUGAGGAAGUCUUCCACGCAGGGACAGAGCGUGCCGAAAGACUCGACGCCAUCGUCAGCAGAUACAACAAACAGCCGCACGGAUGAUGGCACACAAGACUCUCAAGAGUCAAAGGACACAUCAGCUGGGUCAACCAGCCCCAAGGGCAAGGAGCCGGAGGGGAAGAAUGCCCCCAUCCGGAUUCCAAGAAUCACACCUGUGGCAUCUGGCCUGACUAUUCCUCCUAACCUUGCUCAGCUGGCGCAUGGACUGGAGGGAAAGUAUGUCGAUGAGUUCGGAAACAUCCUCGACUGGAACGGACAGGUUCUUGGUCGUGUCGAGGGUGACUUGCCGUCGAUGAUCGGACGGCCUGUUUCUGUGACUGGCGAGAUCCUCAGCGAGGACGGCGAAGUCGUUGGUUAUGUAGCAGAGAACGACACGAUUCCACCGACGCCUCCGUCGCCAAAGCCCAUCGAGGGCAUGGGCGAUGGACUGAAGGUGGACCACAUGGGCAACAUACUCGAUAAGAACAAUAACGUCGUCGGCCACUUCGAUGGCGCGCACUUGGGCAAAGGCCUCCAGAAGCCUGGGCAAUCAGCAGGCAAUGCUUCUGGGCAGUCAAACGGCGCGCGCCCAGCGGAGAAUGCGCAUAACAGCGCGCCCUCUCACGAGAAUUGCAGCUGCGGUCGACCUAAACCAUCGUCUGCUCCAAGUCCAUCCGAGGUUUUCAUGGACGUGAAGUCGACGCAUGACGGCAUCCAGCUCAUUAUCAAAAUCCCAACUGUGUUUAAUGGUGGCGGGGUGCCAAAUAUCCAUAUUGGAACUGGGUAA